UAACGCACGGUAGCGCUGCAGGCCAAUCCCUAGUCGAGGUGCUUUAAGCUCUAGAUGAAAAAAAGCUUGUUUUCCCUAGGGAUUGGUUAUCUUGUUUAUCUAGGAUCCGUACAACGCCUCCUGUUGAUCCGUAUCAAGGCGGAACCAACGUUGGGCGGAACUGCGGUCCGUGCGUGUAUGCAUGUAUAUAUCGUUGACCUCGUACAUCGUAUCAACGAUAUCCCAUCGGUUAUCUCAGUGCUGUGCGCGUUGUUUGAACAGCAAGAUGAACUUGUAGCGUCGAUGUGGUAACCUCGUUCCGUGUUCUAUGGCUUGAUACCACGGGAACGCCUAUCGGAACGAUCGAGAUCAACACCCCGCAAGGCAGAGCGAAACCGGCGAAACUUCCACGGGGCCCUUGUGCCCGUGCCGGCGCCUUAUGUUCGGCCAGUUGGACAAGCAGCACAGAGCUGCAAGAAUGAACUGUGGUGUUGAGCUGGUGUCAAUGCAAUCUGAUUAGCGCAUUACGAUCACGACGGCUACCAAUCUUCCGUAUUGAAUCGUCACUACAGUCUAUAGCCCCUAGAAACGGAUUCGAUAUGUGAUCGGUUGCCGUUAUGCCGGUCGCAUGCUAGCGUUACGGGCCUUACUACCAUCCUCGCCUCUUCCGUAUUAGGCACCUGUGAAUCUGCUCAUCGCAUUGCGCAGUAUUGCAUCGAAACGUUGCAACAUCUAGAAGGAAGCGGGUUUAUGGCAACCAUAGAGUUUCUCACUACAUGAUCGCAGCGACUUCGCGGUUCGCGCUCCAGACAUGGCUGUCGCGUUCAGUCCAGACGCUCAACUCCUCCCCAAAGACGCUGCGAUUACGCAGGCUUUGCAGACGCCCGCCUGCCGCUAUGUAGCCGUUGUCAACGAAUUAGUUGGCGUCGACCGCGUGCGCUUCGCGUUUCUCGUAUACGGCGCGAUGAACUCUCAGCACGGCGUACCGCCUUCGCAGCGAUCGCGCGCCCUGGUGCGCUACCUGACCGGUGCCAGUUCAGACUUCGACGUCGUCAAGGGUUGUUUGGUCGAGUGCGGCGCGUCGGUCGAUGAAACCGCCUUGGAGAUGCUGUACGUAAUGCACAAGUUCGAGCUCAUGCGAAGGAUAUUUGGAAUCUGCAGCCACAAAGCCAGCACACUUUACCAGUCGCCCAGGAGUGUCAGGAAAUUUUGGCGCGAGUUGGCCGGCUUCUGCGAGUCCUGCUUGGAUGAGGAGGCUGCAGAGAUCUUGAGGCAUUUUCUGCCUGAAUCUUCACUGUCCAGUGUGCCAACACAUGCGGAAGCAGUCAUCGUGCUGCUGUACGAGAACAGCAUCAUUACACUGGACAACUAUUCUGCUCUUUACGAACAUAUAAGGGCAGCAUACAACAAUGAAGAACUCUUGGAGCAUCUCUGUGAAACAGUGCCGCGGUAUUCCAUGACAAACAGCCCCCAUGGAUACGCUGUCAUUUUAAACCAUAAUGUGUUCAAAGACCCAAAGAAGGAGAUCAAGCUGGAGGAACGACAGGGAACAAAGAAAGAUGUUGAUGUGCUCAAACAACUGUGGGAGGAGCUGGAUUUCGACGUCAGAGUGUAUGAUGACUACACAUUAAGUGAAAUUGAAAAAUUACUACACGAAAUUGCCACAGUUUGGGAUCACCGGAAGAGUGAUGCUCUUGUUUUCAUCAUCUUGUCACAUGGGUACAGAGGUGGGUUUUAUGCAAGUGACUGCAAAAAGGUGAAUCUUGACACCAUUGAGAGCUACCUCUGCGAGAAAUGUGAUGGUCUCCGGGACAAGCCAAAGGUUCUCUGUGUCCAGGCUUGCCAGAGCGAAGGCUUAUCUGAACCACUGCCAAGGACAACUGGCGAAAGACGGAGCCGGGCUCACAUGCUGAAGUUCAUGUCGACAGUGCCUUACUCCCUGUCCUACCGGGAUCCUCACUAUGGCAGCGUGUUUGUGCAAGCGUUUGUGGACGCGGUCCGCCGUCACUGGCGCAACCACGACCUUCUGCAAAUUGGGACAUUCAUCAACAGUGGCGUCGCUGACAAGCCCAUCCCUGUGGUCUCCAGCGACGGCCGAAAUAUCAACUGGUCAAGCCAGACUUCGGAAGUGAGCAACACAUUGACCCGUUCCCUCCACCUGGGAAAAAAGUGAAGCAAUGUGGUUGUUUGGCCUUGACACAAAGGACCCUGCCACUUUUCUUUUGUUUCCUUUUUUUCUCUAAAGGCAGACACGAGAGGUACCAAGUCAGUCUAGAAUGGUAAACUCUCCUCUCAAAAAUCUUGUAUGCACUUACCUUGACAGAAAAAAUCUCUUACUAUACUGGA